UGGAAGAAAAACAAAACAAAACAAAAAAAAAAAAAAACCCUGAGGCGCUUGGAGGACCAGGAUACCUGUUUUCUGAGCAAGAAUGAAACCAGGAUGUACACUGCCUUUAAGACCAAGAAGAAAACAAUUUCUUUCCAAACUAGCGUCACUGCUGGCCAUAUGCAUCCUGCUCUUGCUCAGUUUUAAAUGCAGCUACGUCAUUGACUCUUUUAGGUCCACUGCAGGUUUUGAUGACAUUCAGACAUUUCAAAGGUACAACAUUAACUGCUCCGCUGUAUACGAUAUGGACCCGGUUGAGGUGGGGAAAUCCCUCGUCAUCAGACGGACACAUGUAGAGGAAAAGGAUGACAGUCUGGUGAACCUCACCGUGGACUGUUCACUGUUCCGCUGGGCCAGGGGCUAUGAAACUGUGUAUGUGACUGAGGAGGAGAGAAACUUCCCACUCGCCUAUUCACUGGUGGUUCACAAAUCUGCCUGGAUGGUGGAGCGACUCAUUAAAGCAUCAUACUCGCCCAGUAACAUCUACUGUAUACACUAUGACAAAAAGUCUUCAGCUCAGUUCAUCUUGGCCAUGGAGGGUCUUGCCCGCUGUUUGCCAAAUGUCUUCAUUGCUUCCAAACAAGAAUCUGUUAUCUAUGCUGGCAUCAGCCGUCUGAAAGCUGACCUCAACUGUCUGUCCGACCUCUUGGAGACAGAGGUUAAAUGGAAAUAUGUCAUCAACCUUUGCGGGCAGGAUUUCCCCCUCAGGUCCAACAUGGAGCUCCUGUCAGAACUAAGAAGUCUAAACGGUGCAAACAUGCUGGAGUCAAGCCGCCCGACUGAGCUGAAGAAAGAGAGGUUCACCUUCCACUAUGAACUGAAAGAUGUCAGCUUUGAAUACCAAAAACUUCCUGUGAAAACCCUCCAGAUUAAGGACCCACCGCCACAUGGCAUUGAGAUUUUCACCGGCAAUGCCUAUUUCGUGUUGUCCCGUGAGUUUGUCAUGUACGUGAACUCCUCACCUCUGGUCAAAGAUUUCUUGGCCUGGUCUGAGGAUACCUACUCCCCUGAUGAACACUUCUGGGCCACGCUCGUGCGAAUGCCGGGGGUACCCGGGGAGGUGCCCAGAUCCCAGCCUGACAUCACUGACCUGAUGAGCAAGACAAGGCUGGUCAAGUGGAACUACCUCGAGGGGCUCCUGUACCCGGCCUGCACAGGGAGCCACGUUCGUAGUGUUUGUAUUUAUGGAGCUGCAGAGUUGCGAUGGUUACUCAAUUACGGCCACUGGUUUGCCAAUAAGCUGGACCCCAACGUGGAUCCUGUCAUCAUCCAGUGCCUUGAGGAGAAACUUGAGGAAAGGAAAAAAAAUAUGUGUAUGCAAUCACUGUCAUCACAGACUUGUCAAAAGGGUUAAAAUAGGUAGACUUAACUUAUGGUAAGCUGUAUGGUUCAUUCUGACCCUUAAAUUACAUUACAUGCAAGCAGUGCUGGUGUAGCAUCUCUCUGAGUGCUGGUAAAGUUUGAUGUUUUGUUUUGUUUGCCAGCCAAUUUCAAACAAGUGAACAUUUUAGAGCUUUAUUUUUUCAAAACUUUUCAAAGGUAAAGUGAAAAUGUUUCAGGCAUUUUCCACGAUAGAUACCCGUCACAAUCACGAUGGGCAUUUAAAAUAUAAUUACUGUUAAGUCUUGAGAUCCACACCCAAUUUCACACUGUUUCAAGAACAAGGCAUUUGGACUGUAUUUCAAUCCGAUGACCUGUAAAUAGAAGAUCAAGCUGCUUGCUCUGUAAUUGUAGUCUGACCAAGUAUUUACUGUUAAAAACUUAGUGACACAGUAAAUACACAGUCAGUAGUUUUAUUUUUGUUGUAAUAUGGUACAACAGUGUAUGUUUUUAUUGAACAGUACACCAUUGUAUGAUUUCUCCUUGCAGCAUGCAGUAAUUUUGCCUGGGCUGGCAUGCAAAAAAAUGUGAAUAAGGAUAAUUUCAGCUCAUCAAAGGCCUUAGAAAAAUGCAGACAAGGAUGUCUGAAGAGCUUACAGAGUGGAGAGAAAGAUAUCAGCUACAUUCAGACUUUGAAAAUCAGACAAUACAAUUCAGUGUUUGCCAGUUUCCAUCUUGUUUUGUGCCUUGAGGUUGUGUGGUACGUUGCAGUGUUUACAGCAUCAAGCACCUGUUGAAUAGGAGGUCUAGCAAAGACAAAAUUGUACAAAAGAUCUAAUGUCAUAUCUACCUCAUUUAAUGCACAGGUACUAUACAAUACACAAUGUCAAAAUCUAAAUUCAUCUAUGCAAAGAGUGGAUUCUACAUGACACCGGAAAUGAAACUGUUGUAACAAAUACAUUCAAACAGAGAGGAACAAAGGAAUUAAAAAGCAGACGUUAUCAAUCCUCCAUCUAAAUUUGGCAAGAGGGAGUGAAGGUUUCCUCUGACCCAUGCAUGUGAACUCUUUUCUCUCUGAUAGAAGGGUUACAGUCUCCUGGGACAGUUCAGACAGAUGUAAAAAUAUAAAAACUGUUUUAAAAGUGAAAUUUUUAACA